AUGGGUUAUGAGAGGAUACACAAAGUCCAGAUGGGCGUCAUAUCUCCAACCAAGCUCAGGAUGAAGCUGCUGGGCUCCCAUGGCGGCGGCGGCGGCAAGGACGAGGCCACUCGCAAGUCGCCGCGGGCGUCGCCGUCGAGGCUUGACGACGCCGACCACCCCAAGAACAGCCUCCUGGCGCAAGAGCUCGACGAAGAGUACCCCAAGGACCGGUCGGAUUCGUCCCGGUCGCGCUCCGACGCCAGCCGCGGCAGGGGUGCGCGCAGCGGCGGCGGGAGUGGCAGCGGCUGCGACAGCGGGGCCGAGAACGGCGGCGUCGGCGGCAACUUCGAGUUCUACAAGGAGGAGAGGGCGGCCCUGCAUCCGCCGGCCGCGGCGGCGGUGGCCGUCUCCGGGCCGUUCUUCCGGCAGGUGCCGUCCAAGUGGAACGACGCGGAGAAGUGGAUCGCGGGGCGGCACGUCGUGCACUCCAACCCCAUCUUCUCCAAGAAGCCCGCCGCCGCGCCGCCGCACACCCCCACCGCCGGCGGCCGCGUCGCGCCGGAGUCCGCGUCCUCAUCGCCGUCGUCGGUGAGCGGGCCGGCGAGCAAGCCGCCUCACAAGAAGCUCCGUUUCUCGUCGGCGGGCGCGCCCGCGCCCGCGCCGUCGGUGUCCGUGUCGAUGCGGGACGUCGGGACGGAGAUGACGCCGAUCGCGAGCCAGGAGCAGUCGCGGAGCGGCACCCCCGCCGGCGCGGCCACGCCGUCGCUCAGCCCGCUCUGCUCGGUGCCGUCCAGCCCGAGGGGCGGCAGCGCGUCGGCCUCAUCCUCCGCGUCGGAGCGGGAGCUCCGGCUCCGGACGCGGCGGGAGAUCGCCGCGCUCGGGCUGCAGCUCGGCAAGAUGAACAUCGCGUCCUGGGCCAGCAAGGAGGAGGGCCUCCUCGCCGCCCAUGCCGCCGCGUCGCCGGAGCAUAGCGCCGGAGCCAUCGAUGAGAAGGAGAUCAAGAGGAAGGAGUUCGAAGCGCGCGCCAAGGUCUGGGAAGAGUCCAAGAAGUGUAAACUCGCCUCAAGAUACCAGAGGAAGGAGGUGAAGAUACAAGAGUGGGAGAGCUGCCAGAAAUCCAAAUUUGAAGCCAAAUUGCGGCAGGCUGAGGCGCGGGCUGAGCAGAUGAAAGCCCGGGCGAAGCAGGACCUGGCCAAGAGUCUGUCCGACCUGAGCCAGAAAGUGGAGGGCAAGCAGGCGAGGGUGGAGGCUCGCCGGAGCCUGCAGGCGACACGGCUGGCCCGGGAGGUGGAGCGCAUCCGGAAGACCGGCCGUGAGCCGUGCCGGCUCCGGCGGUGCUGUGCCUGGUUCAUGCUGUGAUCGGCGUAGGUGCUGCAGCUCACUGAAGCCUGAUGAAGGCCUCUAAUGCAUGCAUGCUUGGAGUCAGGAAAACAAUCAUGGCAUCAGCUUUGUACAUGAAACCAUCACCAAUCUUCUCAGCCUGUGCUUCUGCACAGGCAGCUAUCUGUUGUGGUGGUGUGGAUGCCAUUGCCAUUUGGUUUGGGCUGUGACAUGCUCUCACUGAACUUGGGGCUGCAGCUAGCUGAUCUAGAACUGGUGUGUUAAGAUAGGCUCUUGUUUUAACUGAUCAGCAUUACAGAAGCAAGAGAAGCCUCAGGGCCCUGUUUGUUGUCACCAAGGAUGUCAUGAGGAUUUAGAGUAAAUUCUGAACUAA